GAUUUAUCCGGAUUUAUUAAUUUGAUCGCUUUAUUUUAGCAUUUACACACUCAAGUUUGAGUUCCCGUGUAAACAAAAAGGAGAGAGACAAAUUUUAGAAGGGAAAAACCUACUGCCAGUGAACGUAUUUCAAGUGUAUUUGAAUGGCCACAUCAGGAAAAGAAUUGUUAGUCAGAAGAAAACUUGGAUUGUUUUUACGGAGUCAUGAACUGGAGGAUAGUAUAGGCGAUAUAGAUGAGAUUGUUCUGAGUUAUGUGAUCAGCAUCCUGGAAGACCUUGGAAAUGACAGUCAUCCAGAUGAGAAUAUUGAUGUGGACCAGUUUAUUGAGAUGAUGCAGGCCUAUAUUCCAGGAUUUGGGACCAUAGAUAGUUUGGAAGUUUGUGAAUGGAUGUUUGAGCUAUCUAACACAAUUACAGCUGACAAUCAAGAUCUGAAUCAAAGCACAGUGACUGCUGAAGAUGAAGCGUUGCGUAUAAAGGGAGAUAAACACGAAAUUCCACAGACAGAGGAGGAAUCAAAAACUGAAGUCAAUGGAAAUGUUAUGGAGAAUAUGGAACCAGAUGAAGAUGUCAAGAUGCUUCUUGAAAUGUUCCCCAAUUCCUGCACACUUGAGAUUACCCAUUGUCUGGGGCUUGUGAAGGGGGAUCUGGAAUCAGCUGUACAGCUGGUACUGGAGAGAGAGGAGGCGGGCACCAGCAUCAAAAGGUCAAAGGAAAAAUCCAAAUCUGCUUGUGAGAGAGGACCCUUGCUGUUAGAUGACAAAGCAAUGAAGAAAAAGAUGAUUGAAAGAUAUGGCUAUCAAGAUACAGAUGAUGAUAAGAAGACAUUCAAACCACCACCCCUUAAACAGGAACCAAAGAAGAUGGUUCGCUAUCUUGAUGGUCGUAUCGUGAGCACAAAAGGAGAGCGAUUUACUGAGAUUAAAAAGGAAGAUACAGAGGAGCUGAAAAAGACUUUCAUAAACCUAAAACCUGCAAAAAAGUAUCGUUUUCAUUGAUAUCGGAGGUUUCAAUCAGUCAUUAGGAUCUCUUAUCACCUUUUACAUCAACGCUUUUGUCGUAAUAUACUGUGGUCUUGUCGAUAUUCUUGGGCAUGAAAUUUUGUGGAUUUCUCAUUUUUGUUAAUACCAGUACAUAAUUUCAUGGAAAGGUACUUUUUGUUCCUUCAUUUUAAUUGUACUACAUUAAUCACUUCCUGUCUGGCAUCUGACCAUAAAGACGAAGAAAACUGGGCGGGGCCAGGUAUGCAAUGAAAAAUUCAGAAACUACAACAGAAGUUUGAAACAUUUGACAUACAAAAUGUCUACAUUCCCAAUACAUACACUGAAUGUGUUCAAUAUAGAAUAUCUGCAUGUAAAGAUUUUUACUACAAUGCAAGAAACAAUACGUACAAGCAUUCACACAAAAGUCUUGCCAAUUAAGCAUUUAUAUAUAUGUAACUCUGUUAAGGGUCCUGAAUUGAACAAAUGUGUGAUCUUCAUGUGAUAUUUUUCAUAUCAGCAUUAUACAUUUAGAGCAUUAUUAAUGUUCAAGUUUUAAUUUUAGUCAGUUUUAUUUCAUCUCUUGAAAGAAAUUUAUUUAUAUUGUCCAUAAACACAUUUUUAAUUGUCUUUAAUGUUGAACAAAGAAAUUUUCUAUUAAAGGCUUCUAUACAGCUUACUGACAACAGACACAAUAAAGGCAUAGUUUGGGUAGAUUUUGAAAUAAGGAUAUCACUACAAUCAUGACACAGGGAUAUCACCCAUUUAUUAUAUGUGAUACAUGGGUCACUGAUCUGAGUAGUGAUAUCAUCUACUUCAAAAUUUAAAAGAUGCCACUAAUAAACAAGAGGAGGAUGUCGUACGAUUGGAUCAAUGUCACUGGAAAAUGAUGAAGUGAUGCAUCUUAAUGAUUUCAAUAGGUACAUAUGUGUGAUCACUUGUUUAAAACGAUUCAGGGAUAUUACUUAAAUAAUUAUUCUGUGUAGUACAUGUACAUAUAUAGAUGAUAUCACUCAAAUGAAUAAGUGGUAGUUUUAGGGGUGGACAGGAUAUAGAAGGAGAAGGGAGACCACUCCUUUUCCCUGAUGAUAUCACGGAAUAUUCAUUUGAAUUAGUGAUAUCCAUAAUAAUUCUUUUUGUAAUGUCCCUUAAUUGCAUAUUAGUGAUAUAGGAAUUUAAUACAAGUGGAAGUUGAAAAGUCUACCUACAGCUACAGAACAAUUAGGUUAAUAAAAUUUAACUUCACUACGCAACGAGUUGUUAAAUUACAUUUGUAAGAUGCAAGCGUCUUCAUGUAGUGUAAAGUAAAUUUUUCAAACUAUAGUUUUUUGGCAUUUUUAAAGAGCAAUUCAGGUUAGUUGUGUAAUACUGCAGAAUCCUGUGUAGAGAGUAUGUAUUCCUCCUGUUGUAGGUAAUAUUUAUAUCACGGAGGUUUUUGUGGUUAUUGAUAUCAUCAUUUUAUUAUGUGUAUUUUUAGCUCACCUGAGCCAAAGGCUCAAGUGAGCUGUUCUUAAAAUCAGAAUUUGUCUGUUGUCAGCAUCAUUGGCAUUGUAAACUUUUCACAAUUUCAUCUUCUUCUUUAGAACUAUUGGACCAAUUUCAACCAAACUUGGCACAGAGCUUGAAUUAAGGGGAUUCAAGUUUGUUAAAAAAUGAAGAGCCAUCUCCCCUUCCAAGGGGAUAUAAUCAAGAAACAAAAAUAGGGUGGGGUCAUUUAAAAAUCUUCUUAAGAAACACUUGGCCAGAAAGGAUGAAACUUUUUUGGGAAGCUUCCUGACAUAGUGAAGUUUGCCCAAAUCAUGGCUCCCAGGAGUAGGAUGGGGCCACAAAAGAGGAUUAAAUUCUUAUGCGUAGGAAAAAUCUUAAGCACAACUGGGCCAUGAUUAGACAUAUCAAUAAGCAAGCAUCUUCAUGUAGUACAGAAUCAAGACCAUGUACACCAGGGGUAGGGUAAGGCCAUGUGCACCAGGGGUAGGGUAAGGCCAUGUACACCAGGGGUAGGGUAAGGCCAUGUACACCAGGGGUAGGGUAAGGCCAUGAUAGGGGAACAAAGUUUUAUAUGGGAAUAAAAAGGUUUUUAAAGAGCUUCUCAUGAACUGCUAGGCUAAGGUUAGUCAUGUCAACAAGCAAACAUCCUCAAGGGUAAUGCAAAUUCUAGUUUAUUCAAAUACUGGCCCUAGAGGGUCGGGUUGAACCACAAUAGGGAAUCUAAAUUUUAUAUGGCAAUAUAUGGGAAAUAUAUCUUUAGAUCUUCUACUGUACUGUAAAUUCAAUUCCCUGGUAAUCAUGACCUGGGAGGAUGGGGUUAGAUGGGGGCAUUGAAAGGUAAUCAAAGUUUAACAUGACAGCAUAUACAUGUUGGAGAAAAUCUUAUUCUCAAGAGCAGCAGAUGCUUCCAAUGCAUGGCAAUUCUUCGUGAGAAUGAAGAGCCCGUUUAAAAAUCAAUCUUCUGAUGAAGAACAGCAGGGCCAAUAUGACUCAGGUGAGCGUGUGACCCAUGGGCCUCUUGCUUUUUUAAUGAUGUUGAUCAUUCAGUUAAAACUACAAUUUUGAUGUAAACAAGUAUGUAUUUUGUGGAACAUACAUGAACAAGUUUUUCCUUUGAGGAAAAUUAUUGAACCCAGUUUUCUAAGGUCUGACAUUUAAUAUUGAUGAGCAUUUUGUGUAUUAUAUAUAUAUAUAUAUGUUUUUUCUUCUUCAAUUUUUACAUACCUUUUUGUUAUAUAUUUGAUGCAGUUAGAAUAAAUGUCUCAAAAAUUAUGAU